AUGCGCCGCUCCGUAUGGCUGGCGCUGGCCGCGUCGCUUUUGCACGUGUCCCUGCAAGGCGAGUUCCAGAGGAAGCUCUACAAAGAACUGGUCAAGAACUACAAUCCAUUGGAGAGGCCCGUGGCCAACGACUCGCAGCCGCUCACCGUCUACUUCUCUCUGAGCCUCCUGCAGAUCAUGGACGUGGAUGAGAAGAACCAAGUUUUAACCACCAACAUUUGGCUGCAAAUGUCUUGGACAGAUCACUAUUUACAGUGGAAUAUGUCAGAGUAUCCGGGUGUGAAGAAUGUUCGUUUCCCAGAUGGCCAGAUUUGGAAGCCAGACAUUCUUCUCUAUAACAGUGCUGAUGAGCGAUUUGAUGCCACAUUCCACACCAACGUGUUAGUGAAUUCUUCUGGGCAUUGCCAGUACCUCCCUCCAGGCAUAUUCAAGAGCUCCUGCUACAUUGACGUGCGCUGGUUCCCCUUUGAUGUGCAGCACUGCAAACUGAAGUUUGGGUCCUGGUCUUAUGGAGGGUGGUCCUUGGAUCUACAGAUGCAGGAAGCGGAUAUCAGCAGCUAUAUCCCAAAUGGAGAAUGGGACCUUGUGGGAAUCCCGGGUAAGAGAAGUGAGAAGUUCUAUGAGUGCUGCAAAGAGCCAUACCCAGACGUCACCUUCACAGUGACCAUUCGCCGCAGGACUCUCUACUACGGCCUCAACCUGCUCAUCCCUUGUGUGCUCAUCUCAGCCUUGGCCCUCCUCGUCUUCUUGCUCCCUGCAGACUCUGGAGAGAAAAUCUCGCUUGGAAUAACAGUUUUACUGUCUCUUACUGUCUUCAUGCUGCUGGUGGCUGAGAUUAUGCCUGCAACAUCUGACUCAGUGCCCUUGAUAGCCAAGUACUUCGCCAGCACCAUGAUCAUCGUUGGCCUCUCUGUGGUCGUCACAGUGAUUGUGCUGCAGUACCACCACCACGACCCCGAUGGCGGCAAGAUGCCCAAGUGGACCAGAGUCAUCCUUUUGAACUGGUGUGCGUGGUUCCUGCGCAUGAAGAGGCCAGGGGAGGACAAGGUGCGUCCCGCCUGCCAGCACAAGCAGCGCCGCUGCAGCCUGGCUAGCGUGGAGAUGAGCGCGGUGGCUGGGCCGCCGGCCACCAAUGGCAACCUGCUCUACAUUGGCUUCCGAGGUCUAGAAGGAGUGCACUGCGCCCCCACCCCCGACUCCGGAGUUGUGUGCGGCCGCAUGGCCUGCUCACCCACGCAUGACGAGCACCUGCUGCAUGGCGGGCAGCCGUCCGAGGGAGACCCGGACCUGGCCAAGAUCCUGGAGGAGGUCCGCUACAUCGCCAACCGCUUCCGCUGCCAGGACGAGAGUGAGGCCGUCUGCAGCGAGUGGAAGUUCGCGGCCUGCGUGGUGGACCGUCUGUGCCUCAUGGCCUUCUGCAUCUUCACCAUCAUCUGCACCAUUGGCAUCCUGAUGUCGGCUCCAAACUUCGUCGAGGCUGUGUCCAAGGACUUCGCUUAACUCGGUCCUGGUUCCCAGUGUGUAGGAAACGCACAGAUCAGCGAUGUUGGCUUGGGGCGAAUUUGGGGUGCUAAUCCCACAGCAGCAUUAAAUGUGAGGACUCUGAUGUACGCUUGGCACUGUCAGUGAUGGCGGUUACAGUUUCCUUGUUACUUUCAGUGAUAGGAUCUCAGCACGUUUUUGUUUAAUCCUCUCCGUUGGGCUACUUGAUAUCCUUGGGACACCCUAAGGGCAGCAGGACCACGGAGAGGUCAUUUUUCCCUUUCCCCACUGCCUGGGAAGCUCUUCAGAGAGGUCCGGGUAGCUCAGGACUGCCAGGGGAGGCCUGUACAGUUGGUCUGCAUGCCUGCAUGUCAUUUGCCAUGAAGGCCUACAUGAAAAUGCCACGUACGCUUUUGCCUGUGUACAAACUUAGAUUGAAACUAAUAAUAAUAAUAAACCAAACUCACUAAAUCCAUUCAAAUAAUUAACUGGUGAAAGGAAACUAAACUAAACUA